CAGGAACGGGAUGAUGGCAUUCCCUCCACCGAUCAGCAAAGACAGGAUUAUCUGGGAAUUCCCCAAGUGCUACACACCUGAGGCCUCGCUGCAGCUGAAGAAAGACUGGGACACUGAGGUUAAAGCUGCCUGUAAAGACAGAGCCGCCAGGCAUCAGCCGUGGGACAGACAGAAAAUGUCAAAAGUGGUGGUUGUUGGAGACCUUAAUGUGGGGAAGACCUGCCUCAUUAAUAGAUUUUGUAAAGAUGUUUUUGAAAGAGACUACAAAGCCACCAUAGGAGUGGAUUUUGAGAUCGAGAGGUUUGAGGUAUCUGGAGUACCUUUCUCUCUUCAGAUCUGGGAUACUGCUGGACAGGAAAAAUUCAAGUGUAUUGCUUCUGCAUACUACAGAGGCGCUCAGGUCAUUGUCACUGUGUUUGACAUGGCCGAUAUUAAGUCUCUAGAUCACACACGCCAGUGGUUGAAGGAGGCCAUGAGAGAAAAUGAGCCUGACUCCUGUUUCAUCUUCUUGGUUGGCACGAAAACUGACCUGCUGCCCGCAGAAGAAAGACAGAGGACAGAAAAAGACGCCAUCAGGAUUGCAACAGAACUGCACGCAGAAUUUUGGGCUGUUUCUGCCAAAGCAGGGGAGAACGUGCAGGGAUUUUUCUUCAGGGUGGCAGCGUUGGCCUUUGAGAACUGCAUACUGAAGGACAUGGAGAGCGGGGUCCCUGCUAGCAUCGGCAGUUUCAAAUCAGAUUGUGCCAACCUAGAGGAGGCUGCACCCAAAGAAACGAAGAGAAGCUGCUGCUGAACGGGGGAGCUGCUAGGAGAACCAGACCGAGGCUCUAUUCUGACCUUCAGCGUCAGAAUUCAGAAGGGACUGACCUUGUUCUAUGGGAGGGAAAUGUGCCUUAGGUUCUGUUAGGUUCAUAAAUCAUCAAAACUGCCAUCUAUUCUGAUUUUGGCUGAAAGUUCAGUCAACCUUUGGACUGGAUUAUUGGAUUAAACUCUGUUCAGUGUGUCUUAUUUUCAUGGAGUAUUGGACAUUUCUGCAAUAUUUCUAAAAAAUAAACUGCAUCAAGUCCAUCGUUUCAGAGGUGCCUGGGCGUAGUGCCUGGACUUAUUUGCGAUAGGCCAAUCAUGCCUUUGCUAAAUUUUUAUAUGGAUGCUUCAGAUUUUCUUUGCUACUGUCAUAGUAUUUGUUUCUUCAUGCAGUAUUGCUGUAAAAUAUGUCUCACCUGUUAUCAUGGGUUGUAUACAGAUGGAUUUAUAAACAGUGGAAACCAAAUAUUUUUAUUUACUAUUGAGUAUAUAAAAGUUUAGAUAGGUCUAUAUGUUUAUGAACUAUGAGCUACUAAUUCUAUACAUAUAAUGUUAGUAGUGCUAAACGAUUUGGGGAAUUUCUUUUUUUUUUGACAGAUAUUAAGAUUUGAUUUGCAAUAUAAUUGCAUAAGGUCUGUGUAAUAGAUUUAAAACAUGAAGGAGAAUUACCAGUUGUAAAAAUUAUGUCUGUCACACAAGGAAGAUGGCAAGAAUCUGUUAAAUCCUUGACAAGACUGUGGAUCGUAUGCACUGCUUGAUGUAUAUCACGAUUUCAAUUUGAAAUCAAUUAAUCAUUUACUCACUCAGAAUCUUGUAUUGUAAUUUCUCAAAGUAAUAAAUCAGUGCAGUCAUUGCUGAUAGUAGCAUAUGUACAUUUAUGAGUCCAGUGUUUUGUUUUUGUUUUAAUCAAAUAAAAGUAAAGGAC